AUGUCGAGCCCCUUGGAUAGGGCCGCAAGCACAGAUGCUCCAACACAUCGCGCACCGCGCAGGGCAGGCGGCAGCAGCACCUCGCUCAGCUCGCUCCCUUCGCGCCUCGUCGCACCGCCGCCGCCGCCCACGCUCAAGCCUUCCUCGCCCGAUGUACAGCUCGACCUCAGCUCGGCCGCAUCCGCCUCCACCGCCCACACCCACGCUUCACUGCGCACCGCCAACGAUGCGCCUCGUCCACGCUCCGUGCUGCCGUCCUCCUCCAACCCACGCCCCACCACCAGCGUCAUCGAGUCGAGCCAGCUCUGGAAGACCUCCGCCGCAAAACGCGCAGAGAAGAGCUGGGCGCUCCAGACCGAGUGCGCGCUCUACUCGGAUGCCAAGUUCAAAAAGUACCUCGCCCUCGUAGAGCGCACCCUCGCAUCCUUCGACAGCGUCAGCGAGUGGGCCGACUUCAUCUCGUUCCUCGCGCGCCUCCACAAGGCCAUCCAGGCGUAUCCGGCGUACAACGUGGUGCCGCGCAAGCUCAUCGUCGCAAAGCGUCUCGCGCAGUGUCUCAACCCGGCGCUGCCUUCGGGCGUCCACCAGCGCGCGCUCGAUGUCUACCACCACAUCCUCAGCGUCGUCGGCCCCGACGGCCUGCGCAGAGACCUCCACGUAUGGACGUCGGGCCUCCUCCCCUUCUUUCAGUAUGCCUCCACGUCGGUCAAGCCUACGCUGCUCGCCAUCUACGAGACCUUUUACCUGCCGCUCCACGACGACCUGCGUCCGCUCACGAGGGCGCUCCAGAUGGCCCUGCUCCCCGGUCUCGAGGAAGAGACGGGCGAGUACUUUGACCGCACAAUCCGCCUGCUCGACCGCAUCUCGGACGCUGUGGAGCCGGCGUACUUUCUGCAGAACCUCUGGCUUACGCUCAUCACCACGCCGUCCGUGCGCCUCGCCGCGCUCAACUAUCUCACCCGCAGGAUGCCCGACCUCACGCAGCACGACGACCCCACGCUGCUCGUCGGCAAGGACCUCGGCCUCAUGGUUCGCGGUCUUGCCCACGCCCUCGACGACGACCUCCUCCUCGUGCGCCGCAACACGCUCGACAUCCUCGUCACCCACCUCGCCGUCGACAAGCCGCUCUUUCGCCGCUUCGUCAAACGGCCCGACCAGAUCCUCCUCGUUCGAUCCGCCCUGCACGUCGUCCUCCGCAAGGACCUCAGCCUCAACCGUCGGCUCUACACCUGGCUCCUCGGCGCAGACGAGACACCCGCGGCACAGAUCGCCUUUCUCGACGAAAACGCACUCGACCUCGUCCGCAGCGCUCUCGCACAGGGCUUCCACGGCGCCUCGGCCCUCGAUACGCUCGAGCGCCAGAAACCGUACCGCAUCUUUGUCUCGCUGCUCGACAAGUGGGAGAUCGGCCAGUCCCUCACACGCGUCCUCGCCCUCGACGCUUUCCACGCCAUCAGCCUGCAGGUCGCAAAGAGGCAGGAGGAGGAACUGGUGACCACAGCAAAGAUGCUCUUUGAAGUCAUCGAUCCGUUUUUGCUGUAUGGUCGCUUCCUUCACGCCAUCACCCAGACGAUGCAGUCCAAACAAGGCUCCACGGAAGAUGGGAGAUCGCCCCUGUCGCUCCUCUGCUUUAUUUUCAAGGCCUUUCACAUCCACGACGACGAGACAAAGCACAUUCACGUCCCGCUCCUCUUUGCCGCCGUCACGCAGCUGCUUGACCAGCUCCUCGCACACGAUCAAGACAAGGACGGUGCAAGCACCAGCCAGAUGCUCGACGCGCUCGAGCUGCUCAAGCUGUUGAUCACCGCCAUGCCCUCGCGUGUGUUUGUGCGCAUCGCCGAGCCCGGUCCAGCCAACAAAGGCGACUCAUCGGCAUCGGACGCUCCGGACUUUUGGCAGCGCGCACACCGCCUCUACACCUCGAGCGAGACCGACAGCCAGCACGCCGCACGCCACUUUGUCGGCUUCCAAGACGCAGCCUCGGCCAGCGCGCUCGUCGAGCUGCUCAGCCACGUGGCGCUGCAGUGUGGUCAACGGCUGUUCGUGCGCGCGCUCGAUGUGUUUGCCGACCUCAUGCGCGUGCUCGACGGCUCCGAGGCGGCCGACGAGAUCGCGCUCGUGCGCGCCGAUGCAUCAAGCGCGCCGCUGCGCACGCACAAGCUGCACUGGAACGCCGACGCUUGGGCCGAUUCGCUGAUGCCGUUCCUCCAAAGCGUCGCGUCGUUCGCGCAGGUCGAGCGUAUCGUCGAGGUGCUCAUCUCGUGCUGCAUCUGUCGCGCGCUCGACCGCCCGCUCGUGCUCGAUGCGCCCACGCGCGUGGACCGCAUCGUCGCCGCACUGCUCCGCUACCUCAGCCCGGCCAUGGCGCCGUACCAUGUGCGCGCCGUCGAGCUGCUCUGGGCCACCAACAAGGUAACGCGCCGCUCGCGCCUCGAGACCGCGCUGGCGCAUCAGCUCAGCCACAACGAUGCCGCCGCACGCGCUGCAGCACUCACGGCGUUCGGCGCGUACUGGCGCUUGAGCGAGGACGUGUCGACGGACGAGCUGCGCACGCCGCUGCUGCUCGUGCUCGACCGGCUGCAGGCGUCGGAUGCCGACGAGCGACAACAGGCCGAGCUCUGGCUGCGCGCUCACGUCCGGUCGUACGUUAAAGUCGUCGAUCCACUCGUGCACAUGCUCGUCCGCAACCAGCCGGCACAACUCGCACCCGCCACAGUCAACCUCGACGGGAUCAGCGUGGUGAUCACCCACGUCGAGCAGCCGUACAACCACGAGCUGGUGGUGUAUGCGCUGCGCACGCUCGCCGCGCUCGUGCGCUUCGGCGGCCCGGGUCUUGUCAAGGCGCUUGCGUCCACGCCGCUAUCGGCAUCGCUCAGCACAGCCACCAAGCAGCUCGUGCGCGCCAAGACGCUCGAUGGCGCCGCGACCUAUCUGGAUGUGGUGCUGGACGAGUGCGUCGAGUGGAUGCGCACGUAUCCGGCGGUGCAGCUCGAGGCGCAGCUCGCGGCGUCGUCCGAUACGCUGCGUGCUGCCGCGGUGGAUGCCAUGCACGGCCUCCUCCAGCGCACCGCCAUCGCGCCGAGCCGCACCGACGAGCUGGAGCGCGAGCUGAUCGAGGCGCUGCUGGUUGCCGUGCAUCGUGGCGCGACGGCGACGGUCGAGGCGCUGCUGCGGUGCUGGCAGCGGGCGCGGCACGACACGCGUGGUGCCGAGGCGGUGGUGGAGGUGCUGGCGAUCGUGACACCGAGCGCGCAGAUCCUGGUGACGUUCCUGUGCGAUGUGCUGGGCACGCGCAUGGUUCGCGGCGAUGCUGAUCGAUCGCGGCGCACGGCCAGCUCAAACUCGGCGGGGGCGGUGAACGAUGCGACGCUGCUGCUGUUCUUCGAGCAGGUGCUGGAGCGCAUGGAUCCGGCCGAGGCGACGCAGGUGUGGCCGGUGGUGAUUGUGCUCGUCAAGGAGUUUGUGGCCAGUGCACUGGCGCGCAAGGUGCACGUGUACCCGAUGCUGCGCAUCCUCACCGCGCUGGGCGAGAAGCUCUGUCUGACCGCCGGGAUGGAGGAAAGACGCACGCGGCGCGAGCUGCAGGACAACUACGCCAAGCUGGUGGACGCAUGCAUUCUGCUGUCGGGGCGGUCGCUGGAUGCGUCGACGUGGAUGCGGCGAUCGGGACGCGAGGAGGAUGUGGGCGUGGAGCGCGAGGCGGACGAGCUGGCGCGUGCGCUUGCGCCCGAGGUGUCCGGCGUUACAGAGGCGAUCAACGUGUUCUUGGCGACGCGCGCGCUGGCGGCGCUCCGCAAGAUGCAGCUCGACACCGACCGCGUGCAGACGCUCGUUGCCAACGCGGUGUACUACAUUGCAGCGCCUGCUGCGCGCACGCGGAGCGAGAAGCUGCAAGUCGAACCACACGUCGUGGCGCUGCUGUCGGAGCUGGUGCGAAUGCCCGGGACGGUCAAGGCGUGGCGCAGCACGGUCGGGGAUCUAUUCGGCGACGCACGCUUCUUUAGCAUGGGCGUUUCGAGUGCGACACGGUGGAAGCCGAUCGUGGUUGCCUUGCUGACGCAGGACAAGGAGCGACUGGCCGACGUGCUGGCGCGCGUCUCGACGGCAUCGACGGCAGCCAACAUCUUUGCGAAUCGCGAGCUGGAGAUGGUGUCGCGCGCGCUGAGCCUGCGUCGACUUUCGUUUGCGCUGUUUGCGGGCGAGCGCGAUGCGUUUGUUGUGCAGCUGGCGCAGAUCCAGGAAAAGGUGGUGGAGCUGCUGCGCACGGCGCCGAGCGAGGUGCUGCAGGCCGAGGUGUACCUGUGCCUGCGCGUGGUGCUGGUGCGAUUCAGCGCGCGCCAUCUGACGAGCUUUUGGCCCGUGCUCAUGACGGAGCUCAUGCGGCUGUACGACGGCGUGGCGAGCGAGCCGGAGCGGUUCGAGCAGAGUGCGGAUGCGCGCCAGCUGGUGCUGUCGACACUCAAGCUGCUCGACAUGCUGGUGCUGCUGCAGCCCGACGACUUUCAGAUCAACGAGUGGAUGUUCAUCACCGACACCAUCGACGCCGUGUAUCCGUCGGACGACUUUCAUGCAGACACGCUGCUGGAUGCGCUUGCCGCGACGUUUUCGCGCGACACCGCGGCCAGCAGUGGCAAGGCGGCAACGGGCUCUCAACAUCACCAGGGUGGAGCAGGAGCAGGUGCGGCUGCCAACGGGCAGCGACGGCUCCAGCUGGGCGAGAUGCGCACGAUCUCGUCGCUGGGCGAGGUGGUUCCGUUCCUGCACUCGGUGUCGCAAAACGCCUUCGAGGCGCACUACUCGGACGCCGGCGUGGACGUGGAGCAUGUCGAGGCGUGUCUGCUGCGCGACAUGUUUGAUGGUGAUGACGAGUGCCGAUCGGGCGCCGAUUUGUAG